GGAGCCAAUCAGAAACCCCUGACUGACCCGACCCGACAACAAACCACCAUGCUGUCCUGAGAUCCGGCAUAAGGUCCCCAGGGUUCAUCAUCUGUACGCGCGAGACCUCAUAAAACAACCUUUACGGUCUCUGCAGUUGGGUUCUUCACUCAACAGGACAAAGCCAUGAAAGCAUGAAAAUGGAUGAAAAAGGCGAGAUGUCUGCAACUUCUGACAUAGCCUACUGAAACUAGCAUGAUUCCACAUAAGCUGAAGGCUUCAGAGAGGAGUUAUUAGCUAUCUUCACUGUGAGGAUGAAGUGAUUAUUGAUGACGUUAUGAAAUAACCCCACAAACAGCGCAAGUUGAGAGAAUGGCGUAUCAGCACUUUAUACCGGCCAGUCCUAUUGACCUCACUAUUAGUUCGAUGCUCGGACAGCAGUCCCAGUUUUUUCCUGUUGGAUACGGGAAACAGCAGUAUGCGAACGUGCUCCAUAAUUCGGUUCGUCUGGCGCUCAAAGACUCCGCGUCUCCCGCGCACCUCUCUGUGGAGACGAGAGACCCUGGACUGGCACCUGAGGAUGACCCCGUGGUUCACCUGGAAGGCAAGGAACUGUGGGGGCAGUUUCACAGAAGCGGCACGGAGAUGGUCAUAACAAAGUCUGGAAGGCGAAUGUUUCCAGCAUUCAAAGUGCGCUGCAGCGGCUUGGACAGGAAGGCGAGGUACAUCCUGCUGAUGGAUAUAGUCGCGGCUGAUGACUACAGAUAUAAGUUUCACAACUCUCGCUGGAUGGUGGCUGGAAAGGCCGAUCCAGAAAUGCCCAAACGAAUGUACAUCCACCCGGACAGUCCUGCUACCGGGGAACAAUGGAUGUCUAAAGCUGUGACAUUUCAUAAGCUCAAACUGACGAACAAUAUAUCUGACAAACAUGGAUUUACCAUAUUAAACUCCAUGCACAAAUAUCAGCCAAGGUUUCAUAUCGUUCGAGCCAACGACAUCCUCAAACUUCCUUACAGCACAUUCAAAACCUAUUUGUUUCCUGAGACAGAAUUUAUCGCUGUGACAGCAUACCAAAACGAAAAGAUAACUCAGCUGAAGAUCGAUAAUAACCCAUUUGCGAAAGGAUUCCGAGAUACUGGAAAUGGGAGACGAGAGAAAAGGAAACAGAUGUUGCGUCAGAGGUGUGAUGUGGCACCAAAAAAAGCCAAUGUGUUCACAGACGACUCAUCUUUUGACCAAAGUUCAUCAAAUCCUUUAAUUCAAGAAACAAAUGUCGUUACAUCAACUUCAACAGAUACGAAUGAGAAUGACAUUGAUGGAUAUGGAGAUGAGAAGGAAAGCAAUGAAGAUGGAAAACAUUCAAUUUCUCAAGAUGAGCAAAAUUCGGCAGAAAUCUCAACAACGGUGCAAGAGUCCAAGGACAAUUCAAAAGAGGAGAUACAAGGAGAAAGGAACAUAAGGGUCAACAGCAAAGAAAAGCAUUGUAAAGAGGAUAUUGAAAAUGUAACCUUGGAUAGAAAACAUGCUGAACAACACAAGUUUGCAGAUGAUGUGACUGACGUUUCUCAGAAGGGUUCGCUCACUCGGCACUAUUACAUCCCCACUCCUGGCCUAAUGAAUUCUCUGUGUGUGCCGCCACAUCUCUUGUCAAAUUUAUGCCAGUUUAAUUAUGUUGGAACACUUCCGUUUUUGGCAUCUGAAGCAACUGGUCCUUGGUUAUGUAGAAGGUCAAAUGAAGGGGAGGGUCAAGAUUACACCACUUCAGUCUCAUCCUCAAAACAAAGACCUAUUGUAAUGCCUGAUUUUCAGCAGCACAGAACAACCUCUCAGGGUGUGACUGUCUCAGCGCAUGGAAAUGUCUUAUCUUACCCACAGAGUUACAUGACCACAUCUGCUGCCACGUCAUCUGCUGUAUCAUACCAGGUUCAAGGCUCCCCCUUUUUCAACGCUAGCUACCGAUCGCGAUGCAGACCCUACCCUUUGCCAAUGUGGGUGCAUGGCCGAAAAAUGCCACAAACCUCAGUAUUUGUACCAUAUGGUGAAACUGAUACAAAUGAGCAUGCUGGUAUUACAACUCCUGGAUCAAAACCUAAUGAGGAUCAAAACACAUCGUGUCGGGAUCUCUAGAGAUGCCUCUACAGGAGCAACAACAAAUUCAGCUGUAAUGAUGUGCAUUAUGGAAUGGUUAGAGUCUAUUGUAUGUAUCAACUGAAGAUCAGAAGAUCUGGAUUAAAAAUUAAUAUAUACUAUUUAUUCUUUAGUCUUUAUCUGCUGUGUAAAAGUGUGAAAAAUGUGUAAAAUACAUGAAGUUGCAGAGCAACCAUUAAAUAAAUUUCAUACAGUUUUUCUCCUUGUUUUUCUUAACCAUAUGACUAGUAUACAACUCACUUAAGCAUAUUUUAAGCUAUAGACAAUAUAUAACAGUCCUAGAAAUAUUGUUUCAGUCUACCUAUAAUUAAAUUCUUCUUAUUUUCUUUUUCCUGAAGAUCAAUUAAAGGUUAAGCCACUUUUUUUAUAGCCUACCUAAAAUUAGGUUUAUAUAUUUAAGAUUAAGUACUUUUAUUUAACAUAUACAUACAACAAACUACCCCAAUCCUUUUAUUUUCUUGCGGCCAAAAUCUGCUCCUCUAUGAUGGUCAUCAUUUCACCACAAGAGGUCACCCAUGACCGUAUGAUGGAGCCAGAUCUGCUGGGGUACUGAAUAAAAAGGUUCACUCAAGGCAAGAGGCUUAAAAAGUAUUUAAAAUUUCAUAUUUAAAAAGUUCAAAUGAUGUAAAUUAAGAUAUUACAUUUCUAAAUAAAUCUCAUAACACAUAGGCUAGUAAUGUAAUAUAUUACAUUUCUAAAUAAAGCUCUAAAUAAAAUGUACCACCCCAAAUGUAUGCCUAAGUGUGCCCUAUAAUCCAUAAAAUAUAUUGGAAAAUACAAAACUACUAACGUUAGUAAUGUAAUGUUAGUCUAUUAAAAACUCUGGUAAACUAAUCUCAGGA